GUGUGUGUGUUGAGGAGUGUUUUGUUUCUCUGCAGGUGCUGGUGGUGCGUUUUGCUUCUCUCUUCGAUGUGAAGGAUUACAGCGUCACCUUCCUGGGGGGAAAGAGGUACGGCGUAGAGACUCUGAGAGCCAUGGGGGCCGGAGACCUGCUCAACUCCAUGUUCGACUUCAGUGAGAAACUCGUAAAUCUGGGACUCAGCGAGGAGGAGAUGAGCCUCUUCACUGCCGUGGUGCUGGUGUCUGCAGAUCGCUCGGGCAUCGAGAACGUGAACUCUGUGGAGGCGCUUCAGGAGACUUUGAUCCGAACUCUGCGGAGUUUAAUCACCAAAAACCACCCCAACGAAUCGGCCGUUUUCACCAAGCUGCUUCUCAAACUUCCCGACCUUCGCUCGCUCAACAACAUGCACUCAGAGGAGCUGCUGGCCUUCAAAGUCCAUUCCUGAACCUUCCUCUAAUACUUGAAGAACUGUAAAAACAACUCCCCCACCCAAUUACACCUCUUAAAGCUGAAAAGUGACAUUUAAAAGGGAGGGGGAGACCAUAACAUGUACUGUACUGUAGGGCUGUGUGACACACUGAUCGAUGUGUGUGUGUUCCUGUGUUUGUGUGUAGCAUCCUGUGUGUGUGGAUAAACAUUAGAAGCACUUUUCUGUAUAGUGUAAGCUGGUAUUUCUGCAUUCAUAGUGCAAUAUGUGACUGCUUUUUGAUUUAUAGCGAGGAGAAACUUGUGUAUACUUUCAACGAACGAGAGAUUGAAAUGCUGUUUGAUAAGCUGGAAAAAAUACUGUCGAGUUAAAGGUCCCAUGUCACGGCUAGAGGUCUACUAGAAUAGAUUUAUAUUGUUCAAUGUUCCAAACUCUCAUUGGU